UGACCCACCUAAUUUCCAACCCGAUCUCUAUCAAUCCUUAUUCUUUCUUCGUCUUCUUUCUCACCGUCCUAUUUUUUUCUCUCUCACCAUCGACCACACUUAGAAAUCAGAAAUUGACUGCCAAGGCAAACACCAAUACAACGGAGAAGUGAACAGCUCAAGUGAAAAUCAAUGGCGAAUUCAUCUUCUUCACCAUCAUCUUCUUCAACCUUGUUGUCGGCUAUGGCGGCAACAUCCGAUAAAGAUAAAGAAGAUAUACUGGAAAGAAUGCUUAACAACUUAGCUUUCUGCGACGACUCCAAGCUCGAUAUCUUACUUGCCAAGCUUCUUACUCGCCAAGCUUCUUCCUCGCGCUAUCGCUGCUCUCUCUUCUCAAUCUACUUCAAUUCGAUUAUUCGAAACAAGGUACUUGAAAUUUUAAGUCAUAUAAAUAAGCGUGUGAAGCAUGAGCCAGGAAUUGGCUUGCCAUUAUCCGAAUUAUGGAGUAUGUAUACAGAAGCAACCGCUGCUGCAAUGGUCUGGAAUUUUUGCAUCAUUUACAUUAAGAUGGCAUUUGAGCGCUCAGAGAUAGAGGUCCAGAAAAGUAUGGCUCCCAAAUUUUUGGUAGACAUUUCGAAGCAUCCUCCUCAGCAUCAAGCAAUAAUUCUUAGAACUUGUGUAAAGGUCAUUGGUGAAGCUCAUUCUCGCAAAUUUGACGAUGAAAUUGCUGCAAAGUAUAGACUGAUGAGAGGUCUCAGGACUGUGAAAUAUUUGUUGAAUUUUGCCUGCAUACAGUUCUGUACCAACCAUCUCAAAGGGUUAUGAGAUUUGCGUUUGAGUUCCAGAUUUGAAGUUGGUUUCGAUCCAAAUACCAGAUGUGAAGUCCGUUUUGUUCCAGAUUUUUGUUGUGGAGUUUAAAUUAGUGUACAUGUAAUUAUAUGAGAUUUGUAUUAGAUUUUGUUCUAAGUAUACUAGAAUUUAGUUCUAGAAUUAUUUUUUCACUUGUAUCUACAUUUAUUAUCAAUAAUAAUUGAAUUGAUUACUUUGUUUCCCUUAAUAAAAGAAGUAUGGUAUUUGCAU